CACAAACAGUUUUGCAUUAAUUAUUCACAUUUUACGAAUACUUGGUCAAAAGAGUUAGUUUGCGUUCAUUGGAAAAUACAGUAUGUUCCUUCACCUUGUAAAUGGUCUUCUUCUUGUUGCAGAGUUAUGUUCGGGGUUCCCAAAGCUUUCUCGACCUAAAUUGCAUGGAACUGCAAUUCCGCCAGAGCAACUGGAUCCAAGAAACAACGCUACAAAGAGAAAAAUUUUGUUAGCACAUAAUUUUUUCCGGUCCAGAGUAGAUCCACCAGCAGCAGACAUGCUGGAAGUGUCCUGGCAUAACGAAGCAGCCGAGGACGCUCAAAGAUGGUCAGAAGCUUGCCAAUUGCUACUCCACGAUAAUGCUACUGGACGCUGGACAGAUGAUUUUGGAUCUUGUGGGCAGAAUAUUUUCGUCGCUAAUAUCCAAGUUCCUUGGUUCUUUGCCACCAAAGUAUGGUUCCUUGAAAGACUAAAUUUUACGUAUGGGGAGCCUUUAAAUGAUCCUAACGUAGUAGGACAUUAUACUCAGAUGGUUUGGCAUAGCACCCAUAAAGUAGGUUGCGGAUUCAGCUAUUGUCCAGAAAAUAAUGUCACGAAACAUGGAUACUAUAGUUACGUCUGUAACUAUUGUCCAAUAGGAAAUCAUCCUGAAAGAUUUGAUCAGCCUUACGCCAAUGGCACAACUUGUUCUGCAUGCGAGGGAAAUUGCAGAGGCAAAUUAUGCACGAACGGAUGUCCUUAUGCAGAUUUCUGGACAAACUGCAAUGAGAUGAACAGCACCUGGCACAACUGGCUGUGUGACGAUGAAACCACGGAUAGAUAUCAAGCCUGCAGAUCUACAUGUAAAUGUGAAGGAAAAAUUCGUUAAUGAAGCAAGAAAAAAAGAAAAUUGUUUUACAAUAAUUUCAUCCUUUAUUUGCAACAACAAAAAAAUGCUUAUUUAUUUAAUCCAGGCAUUUGUUUUAUCUCUUAACUUGUUUACCCAGUUAAUUAUGCGUGUAAUUUGUUUCAUCAUCCAUUUAAUUCCAUUGUUGAAAGAAAAUAUCGAAAUCUGUUCUAUUUUUUCCCUCAUGUUUACAGAAAGGUGACAUGUGUUUGCUUAAGUAAGAUAUAAUAUUUGUUUAAUUAUUAUCAUCUUCUAAUUAUUCACGCGGAAUGAAAGUUAUAGAAAAAUAAAUAUGCAAAGUGUUUCUUAUUGAUACCUUUAAUAAAAGUAUUUAUUAGAAUAACCUGUGGGCUAAUUUGAGUAAAUAAAAAUAUGCUGCAAAAAAAAAAGACUUUCCUGCAAUUAUGCCAUUAUUUCAA